CAGUCCGCCCUCCACCCAAAGACUACAUCCAAGUGAAAUGAAUUGCAUUCACCCCACUGAACAAAUCACCGUCAUGAGAUGCUUUCUGUUUUGCAUGUGGAGCAGGCAGGCUGCCUGAGUGUGUCUGCCUUUGUCAGUGCAAUUCACUCACUUGUACCAAAUCUCUGAAGCUACAAAGUGGAAUAUAUAUUUAUAUUCCCCCCCCCACCCUUCAUCUGCAGGAUGGCUGCUUCUGCUGCAUCUGUCUUUCCUUCUCUUCAAGCCCAAGGGAGCUCCUGAUCUCCUAUGCUUGCGAUUCCACUCCGCAGCUUUGCUAAGGACCAGUUGAUAGCAUCAAUGAGGACCGCAUCUACGCUUCUAGUCUCCAGCAGGUGAAUGGGACUGGGAGACGCUAAGACCGGUAAAGCACAGAUAAAGUGAGCAUCUUUCUCUUGGUUAGUCGUACUAUCUACCGUUUGAUUUUAGCUGCACAUGCUGUAGGAGAGUGGCUAACAUGUGCAGUGCUGAGACAUUCAAGAGUGUCUCUCCUGGGCGAUCUUUGGAAUCCUAAAACAGCGAAGCGAAGUCCCAGGGAAUCCCGUAUUAACUUAACUUGGGGGAUUUUGCUUCUAACAAUGACACAUUACUGGCUCUCUUUUCGGAGUAUGGUUUUAGAAUAUUGGACCGUAUUGUUCCUCUACAUCUUCUGGAGUUGUCAAGGAAUGCCACAUGUUAUCCGUAUAGGGGGCAUCUUUGAAUUCCUGGAAGGACCCACAGGACAGAUUGUGAGUGCAGAGGAACACGCAUUUAGGUUUGCAGCAAAUAUCAUCAACAGAAACAGAACGUUACUACCAAACACAACUCUUACUUACGAUAUCCAGAGGAUCAACCUAUAUGACAGCUUUGAAGCUAACCGUAAAGCUUGCGAUCAGCUAGCACUUGGAGUGGUUGCAAUUUUUGGUCCUUCCCACAGUUCCUCAUCAAAUGCUGUUCAGUCCAUAUGCAACGCAUUGGAAGUACCCCAUAUUCAGGUCAGAUGGAAGCACCACCCUCUAGAUAACAGAGACUCAUUCUAUGUUAACUUAUACCCAGACUACGCAUCUCUAAGCCACGCUAUCCUGGACCUUGUCCAAUUUUUGAAGUGGAGGUCAGCCACGGUGGUAUAUGAUGAUAGCACAGGCCUUAUCCGUCUACAGGAGCUUAUAAUGGCCCCUGCGCGAUACAAUAUUCGGCUGAAAAUCCGUCAGCUUCCCCCUGAAUCUGAAGAUGCGCGACCCCUCCUAAAGGAGAUGAAAAGAGGCAGGGAAUUCCGUAUUAUCUUUGACUGCAGUCACGUCAUGGCGGCUCAGAUACUCAGACAGGCUAUGGCAAUGGGUAUGAUGACCGAAUACUACCACUACAUCUUCACCACCCUGGACCUAUAUGCAUUGGAUCUGGACCCAUAUCGUUACUCUGGAGUGAACCUGACUGGUUUCCGCAUUUUAAAUGUGGAUAAUCCUUAUGUGGGCGCCAUUGUGGACAAGUGGUCAAUGGAGAGGCUGCAAGCAGCUCCCAAACCAGAGACUGGACUCCUAGAUGGAGUAAUGACGACAGAUGCUGCUCUGACAUACGACGCUGUCCAUAUUGUGUCUGUUUGCUACCAGCGUGCUCCACAGAUGACAGUCAACUCUCUACAAUGUCACAGACAUAAAGCGUGGAGAUUUGGAAGCCGCUUUAUGAACUUCAUCAAAGAUGCCCAGUGGGAAGGCCUGACCGGACGAAUCGUUUUCAAUAAAACCAGCGGGCUCCGAACAGAUUUUGAUCUGGAUAUCAUCAGCUUGAGGGAAGACGGUCUGGAAAAGGUGGGAACAUGGAACCCCUCAGAUGGACUGAACAUCACAGAUGUUCCUAAAGGAAGAGGACCAAACGUCAGUGAGUCCUUGACAAACCGCACGCUCAUCGUCACAACGGUGUUGGAAGAACCUUAUGUGAUGUUUAAGAAGUCUGCUACUCCACUUUUUGGCAAGGACCGUUUUGAGGGCUUUUGCAUUGACCUAUUGAAGAACAUAUCAGGAAUCCUUGGGUUUGACUAUGACAUACGCCUGGUAGAAGAUGGUAAAUAUGGAUCCCAAGAUGAAAAAGGCCAGUGGAAUGGUUUGGUCAAAGAGCUCAUUGAUCAUAAAGCAGACCUGGCUGUUGCUCCUCUCACUAUCACGCACAUUCGUGAGAAAGUUAUUGAUUUCACCAAGCCAUUCAUGACUCUGGGAAUCAGCAUCCUGUACAGAAAGGCCAAUGGAACCAGCCCCAGCGUCUUCUCCUUCCUGAACCCACUGUCCCCUGACAUCUGGAUGUACAUCCUUCUAGCAUACCUGGGUGUGAGCUGUGUGCUCUUUGUUAUAGCAAGGUUCAGUCCUUAUGAAUGGUACGAUGCCCAUCCUUGCAACCCAGGAACUGACAUCGUGGAGAACAACUUCACCCUCCUAAACAGCUUUUGGUUUGCAGUUGGCGCUUUAAUGCAGCAAGGUUCUGAGUUAAUGCCCAAAGCUCUCUCAACCAGGAUAAUUGGUGGGAUUUGGUGGUUUUUUACACUCAUCAUCAUAUCUUCCUACACGGCUAACCUCGCUGCAUUCCUCACAGUGGAGAGAAUGGAAUCUGCCAUUGAGUCCGCUGACGACUUGGCAAAACAAACCAAAAUAGAGUAUGGAGCUGUAGUCGAUGGAGCGACCAUGAACUUCUUCAGGAAAUCUCACAUCUCGACCUUUGAGAAGAUGUGGGCGUUCAUGAGCAGCAAGCCAUCGGCGCUCGUUAAGAGUAACGAGGAAGGCAUCCAGCGAGUCCUCACAGCCGACUACGCUUUGCUAAUGGAAUCAACAACUAUUGAGUAUAUAACUCAGAGGAAUUGCAACCUAACACAGAUUGGAGGGAUAAUAGAUUCAAAAGGCUACGGAAUAGGGACGCCUAUGGGAUCCCCAUAUCGAGACAGGAUUAGCAUUGCCAUCCUCCAGCUUCAAGAGUCUGAUGAGAUCCACAAGAUGAAGGAGCGGUGGUGGCGAGCUGGUGGUUGCCCAGAGGAAAAGACUAGAGAAGCUAGUGCACUUGGCAUUCAAAACAUAGGAGGCAUCUUUAUUGUGCUGGCAGCCGGGCUCAUCCUCUCUAUUGUGGUGGCUGUGGCAGAGUUUGUAUAUAAGCUGCGAAAGACAGCAGAGCGAGAACAGCGAUCCUUCUGCAGUACAAUGGCCGAUGAGAUCCGGUUAUCGCUUACCUGCCAGCGGCGCAUCAAACACAAACCACAGCCUCCUGUUAUGGUAAAAAGUGAUGCGGUGAUUAAUAUGCACACUUUUAAUGACAGGAGACUACCAGGCAAGGACAAUAUGACCUGCAAUACCGGAUUAACGCCAGUGUUCCCAUAAGACUUUUACUACUGGGAUAUAGUCCCACUAUCCAGGACGCAUUAUUAUCGCAAAACUACUCUCAGUCUGACGCCCACCAUCCAGUUUUGGACACUCUACAGAGAGGGGCCCUGUAUACAAAAAAAAAAUGGCAGAGGCAACCAAUUGGCAAGUAGAUUUCAUCCACCGUGGAUAUUGAAAAGCCACAGUGAGUGUGUGGUUUUUUUGAGCAUGGCAAUAAAAUUUUAGAUGUCCCUAUCCCAACCUCUCUAAAGAGGUGAUAGAUCAAUUCAGCCUUCUGGUCAACAACACAUUUGAUAGAUUUGUGCUCAGCCCGGCGCGAACUCAUACCUCAGAGCUGUGCCAACGAGGUGUUUGCAAGAGGCGCAGACUUAACAUAUGUCUGAAUCAGACAGCAACCGGAUCCUUUAAUCUCACUGCGUCAUGAAGAUUACUUCUUCAGAACUAAUGCAGAUCUAAGAACUACUCCUAUGCAAAGGAAGGCGUUGAAAGAAAUCCUCUCUUAGAAUAACGAUGGAAUUCCCCUUCCUUUGCACAAAAUCGACAAGACUCUUAGCACGAACCUUCAGUUUGUAAGGAAAUUCAUCUCACACAGUGAUGUUGGUACAUAAACACUGACGUUAAGCCAUUUUUAUCCUGUAUUACAGUUUGUCCAUACCACACUACUGCAUUUUAUAAAUAACCCACGGAAAAUGCAGUUACCAAAUCCCCAAAUAAGGGAGACUAAUCGUAGACGGGAACCUGCCUGUCAGAAGUAAUCACCACUUAAUUUGGUCUAACUAAUGAAAGAAGUGACACUUUUAGUUUGAUGUUUUCACUUUGGUGAAAUAAUAUUGUAAUCAGGCAGCUAUAUUUAUUGUGACACGUUGGGGUUUAUAUAUAGAAAAUCAGAAGUGUGGUGACAUAGCUGCAUUCAAAGUGUGAUGUCAUUUUUCUGUUCCAAAUAUGUAAACAAAAAUGACAGCGCAAGUCUGUUCAAACCAACCCACCUGGGUGUAGCGCUUCUUUGUCGAGCUUAUGUAAAAUUUUGCUCCAUGAAUAUGUGCUUUGACAGAUUGAAAGGCCGAGAAGGGAAAUAAUAGAACAAAAAAUGAUGUUCUGUUUUAUUUUAUGCAGAGUAAAUGUACGGUGACUGGCCCAGUUGCAUAAUUCUGUCAUGUACUCUAAUUGAAUGUUAAGUGUCCAAGGUAGACAUGCCAUGUACACGAGAAAAGUGGAGAGCACCUUCAACACCCACAGUAGGCCCUUUGAUUUUAAAGACAUUUUAUUGUUUUUGUUCGUUUACUUUGAAAGUGAAACUAUACUUGCUACAGAAUACUGUUACAUCUGACACAUUUUCUCUUUUUAAAGCAAAUAAAAAUAUAUUUGUUUCAAUUGA